GUGAACGUCGCCCCGUAUCACUUUUGUCGAUCUGAAGGUAUAUAAAGAGGCCCUCUGUGGUCUCUUCUCGCGCCCUCUCAACAGCAAAGAGUCUUUUCCUGCAUCACACUGCCUUUUGCAACCGCCCAACAUGAAGCUUCCUCUUCGCAUAUUUGCGGUGCUGCUCGUCGCCAUCAUCGUCCUCAACCUCGCAAGCACGAAACCGGUCGAUGCCGGAGCUCGGCAAGAUGACGGACUUAUGACACUCGAGAAGCGAGUACACCCAUAUGUUGCAGCGGUGGCGGUCGUCCUCAUUAUUCUCAUAAGCAUGUUGAACUUUCCCGAGGAAACACAAGUCGAAAGCUACGAGCACAAGUUAGGAGUGCGUCUUGAUUCUGGUCCUCGUCAUUACCCUGCCGAUCAACACCCUGCGUACGAGCGGCACCCUCCGUACCAGCAACCUCCGUACCAGCAGCCACCGUACCAUCAGCAACCUACGUACCAUCAGCAACCCCCGUACCAGCAGCACCCUCCGUACCAUCAGCAACCUCCGUACCAGCGGCACGCUCCGUACCAUCAGCAACCCCCGUACCAGCAGCACCCUCCGUACCAUCAGCAACCUCCGUACCAGCAACCUCCGCACCAUCAACCUUCUCACCAGAACCCUUGGUGGAACAUGGCACCACAUACGAGCACUUCAUCGAGCGCGUUUUCUCCCCCUCAUCCAGAUAGUCCCGUGUCGUCGAGGGUCUCGAACCCCUAUGAUGAAUUCGCGACAGGACCAUCGAGUGCCUGGAAGCCCUUUACACCGCCAACCGCCUGGGCCCCCGAUGCUUCCUAUAGUCCAUCCACACCGUCUGGCGGAAACGAGCAAAAAAGCACUGAAGCCCUUGAACCUUUUGACCUCGCAAGCCUCUUCAAGCUCUUACCACCCGGCAUCGAUAUGAGUCCGUCGAAAUCCUUCUAUCAAAGUGUGGUUAAGGUCGACGAGGUCUUUAAGUGUAUGGAGGAAAGGCUGGGUAACAACUUCAACCUUCUCCAUCGAAUAGUCGGUCAAGUGGACAAGGGAGAAAGCCAUCUGCAAAAACUCGCCCUUGAAUCUAAAGAAGGUCUUGAAGUCACAGUUGAGAUGAUUACAAAAGCCCUCAAGGCCGAUUCCAUCAUAAUCGGUGCCUUGUGGGCGGACAAAAAGCUCAUGCUCGCACUCUUGGCUUGCAUUCAUCAACAGGUUCCUGGCGGGACUGCCAGAAAGCUUGACUUCACUGAUGUUUGA